AUGGCCUCGACCGACAAGAGUCUUCACUUCUCGGACCGCUUUGCCAUCAGCUGUGGCACUGUGACGAUUGACAUCACUGCGUCGAAAGUGCUUCUCAUUUUUUGGCGAAAGACGGGCGAAUACUUUCUUCCCAAGGGCCGCAAAGAUGUCGGCGAAACCCUCGAGGAAACGGCUCUACGCGAGACCUUUGAAGAAACCGGAAUGCACGCCAAACUUUUGCCUGUCGCCAUCGAUACCCUGGCCACCAUACCUUCGUCGCUCGACGUCUCAGCACACCCCAAGUCCGUGACGGAACCAAUUGCCGUCGCUCAGCGUGUCACCAAGGGCACGCUCAAGAUCAUCUUCUGGUUUGUCGCGUCGGGAGAUUCCACAGCGGCCCCAGAGGACCGACCGCAACAGGAGAACGAAGACUUCGACACUCACUGGGUGUCUUUUGACCAGGUCGACUCUACAUUGUCUUUUGAUGACGACCGACGUAUCGCCCGUGCGGGUAUCAACGCAGUUCAGGCGGGAGCAGCACCGGCUUGA